AUGGUUAGCCAUUCUUUCCUGUGUUCCCCAAAUGCAGCACUGGUCCCUGGUGAGUUCAGCCACCCCGCUCACCUCACGCCACUCCAAAAACACAUCCAACAGGUGCAUAUUCCUGAAACAAUUAUGUCCACAAAUAAAGUGGGUUGUGGACCCCCAAAGCUGGAGUCGUGUUGGGCAUCAGGGGACGGAGACCACUCAGUUCAAGUGAAGAUUGUACAGGUCCCAACCACAUGUAAAUCCAGCACUGUCAUAGCCCCACCUAAAAUCAUCACCGCCAGCCAAGUCCAUCAAACCACCUCCUCCACAGUGCUGACAGCCAGACACACUUCCUCUCCUUCUGUCAUGGUGGUAUCGAAGGUGACUACCUCAGGAGGAGUGAGUGCUAAAAUCCAACCACAGGUAACAAAAGCAGCUUUGAGCCAGGUUGCCUCCAUGACCCAGGCCACAACCCAAGGAAGGACGCUGGUUAUAACGGUACCCAGGGCAACGGGUCCUCAGCCAGUGAGUGUGGCCCCCCGGAUGCCACACACCACCUCCACACAGCUCCCUGCCAAUUUCCAGAUCCCACCAGGUAUGAUGUUGAUCCGCAGCGAGAGUGGUCAGCUGAUGCUGGUCUCCCAGCAGGCUUUAGCACAGGCCCAGCAGGCACCAAGAGGCGUCGGUGGUCAAGCACCAAAAAUACUGGUCCCUCAGGUAUCUGCAGCAGCUGGAAAUAAGAGUAAUGAGAAGGUGACGGUGAUCAGGCUGACCACCCCUCCCAGUUUCCAACCAGCUCCAGUCCAGAAGACAGCUAUGGUGAAGGUGAUGGGUGUAGCUCCCAAACCAGCCGUAGUGCAGCCUCUCAGCGCUGUGUCUGAACGGGGGGGCCAGCUCCGUAUUCAGACUGUCGUCACGGAAACCAAGAAGGAUCCAGCAGGCGCCAUUAGUCAGGCUACCCUGGAGAGUGUGAAGAAGUGCAAGAACUUCCUGGUGACUCUGAUCAAGCUGGCCUCCAGUGACUCACGGUCACCCAACAUGGCCAACAACGUGCGCGGACUGGUCCGGAGUCUGCUGGAGGGGAAGCUGGAAGCAGAGGAGUUCACAGAGCAGCUCUAUCGAGAGCUGAAGUCGACUCCACAGUCCUGCUUGGUGCCUUUUCUCAAGAAAAGUCUUCCUGCAGUUCGUCGCCUCACUGCAGACCCGCAGCUGUUUAUCCAACAGGCUUCAACUCCUGUCCGCAGCGACAACAACAACACUAAUAACAACAACAACAACACUCUGCUGACCACCAUGAAGCAGAACAGCACUGUCACAGGACACAGCCUCAGUACCAGCCUGAAGGUUACCCAGCAGCCUCGAGCCGUGACUCUGACAUCUGGGUUGGUGACUUUUGCUCAGCCCAGAAUUGACAUGUCUAAGAUCAGCAAACCCAGCCCCAGAAACUUCACAGGAACAUUUACACUGAAGCAGCCUGUCAUUCAGGAUCGUCCCACCAAGUUUGCUUUCAAGGACAGCUCAGGAUCUUACAAAGAAGAUGAUGACAUCAAUGACGUGGCCUCCAUGGCGGGAGUGAACCUGCGGGAGGAGAACGCUCGGAUCCUGGUCUCAGUGGUGGGCUCCGUGGUGCAGUCCUGCCAGGACCAGCCCUUCCUGUCCCCCCCACCACUGCUCAGCCGCAUCCUGCGCACAGGUCAGGGUCUGGGGCUGACGGAGGUGGGUCCGGAGGUGGGGGCUCUGGUGUCUCAUGCCACACUGGAGUUUCUGCGGGGGCUGCUGGAGAAGCUCACCGUGAUGGCAGACCACCGCAAGGCAGCCCUGAAGGAGGACUGUUGGCAUAGCAAAGUUAGCGAUGUGCGCUCCCAGCUUCGCUUCCUGGAGGAAGUGGAGAGUUUGAAGAAGAAGAGGAAGAAUGACGAGGAGAGAGAGAGGCUGCUGCGAUUGGCCAGAAGUCGCUCUCACACUGAAGACCCACAGCUUCUGCUGCUCAAGCAAAGAGCCAAAGAGAUGCAGCAGAUGGAACAGGCUCAGGUUCAGCAGAGAGAGGCCAACCUCACGGCUCUGGCUGCCAUCGGGCCCCGCAGGAAGAGGCCCCUGGAGCUCACUGAGGGCCAGGUGCCUGUGCUGCCCAGGCAGUGUGCACAGAGAGUGUCCCGGGUCAUGCUGAGGGACCUGCUGCUGUGUAUGGAGCAGGAUCGCUUCCUCCGCCAUUCUCUCACCCUGUACAAAGCCAUGCUCUGAGUUGCUACAGGUGAUAAUUGAAUUGCUUUCAUUAUUAUCCACAGUAAGUCUUUAGUUAGUUUGUUUGCACCUGG